UCAAAAUGAUACUAGGACCCAGAAGAGGAAUCGUCCUGGUGAUAUCUUUCCAUCUUUUUCUGUUCUCUGAAAGUGUAAACGUAUCCGUUAUAGAGGACAUCUACAACGUCAUCAAAAGCCAGCCCGAAUACGAAAACUUAACUGUUUUUGAAGUAAAGAAAUCUAUCGACUUUCACGCCGAAAUUCCUUUGCCAAGUACCCUCCUACACACUUUACGCCAAACGCGGCAAUAUGACUUCAUUCAUGACGUCAUAGAAGAAAUUGCCUACGAAGAAAAUACAACUUCCGCAGAUCUGAUUGAAAAUGAUGAGUUCCUAAUCCCGCUACAUCUAAAGUUCACAGAGACAGACUGUCAACUGGGGUUAUCGCACGGACAGUGUAGUGAUGACCAAUAUCGUUCAUUGGACGGCUCCUGCAAUAACAUGGUGUAUCCUACCUGGGGAAUGUCAGGCCAGGUGCUACGCCGAUAUCUCUCUCCCGGGUACCACGAUGGGGUAGAAAUGGCAAUCUCGCUGGACAUUACAGGGGAACCACUUCCUAGCGCCAGGGAGAUAAGUAAUUAUAUACACAGAGAGGGUGACGUCAUGGAAAUGGACCCAGUCCUCAGCGUCAUGGUGAUGCAAUGGGGACAGUUUUUGGAGCAUGACAUUUUGUCAGUUCCUGUUUACAGGGACAAGAACGGUGAGACUCUGGACUGCUGUGGAACACACAGAAACUACCGUGAAUGUUUCUCUAUAAAAGUCCCUCAGACUGACCCGUUCUACAAGACUGACUGUAUUCCGGUCGCGCGUUCAGCACCAGGUGUUGGUCCUAUGUGCUACACGACAAAGAGAGAACAGCUGAACCAGGCUACGGCUUACAUCGAUGGCUCACAUCUGUAUGGGACAGAUACGGAUACACUUAAGCAAUUAGUGGAUCCCAGUAAUGGGAAACUGAAAGUAAACGGACAGAACAUGAUUCCCUCCCCUGACCCCGCCGUAGAAAACUGCAUUCUAGAGAAAGGUUUUGACUACUGUCAGAAAUCUGGUGAUGACAGGGUGAAUUUGAGUCCUACCCUUACUUCGAUGUAUACAUUAUUUAUCAGGGAACACAAUCGACUUGUCGACCAUCUACAGUGCACGAACCCGCAAUGGCUUCCGGAAUUUGUCUUCCAAGAGGCCAGGAAAAUCAUUGCGGCUCUGAUCCAGCAAAUAACAUAUACUGAAUACCUUCCGGUUAUUCUCGGAAAAGAAGGCAUGUGGAGAUAUGGCUUGACUAUCAACAGCGAUGGUUAUGACUAUUCUGCAUAUAACCCGAAUGUUAACCCAGGAAUCUCGAACAGCUUUGCUUCUGCAGCCAUUAAAUUCAUCCACACCCAAAUACCCAGUAUGCUCGGCUUUUACGAUAACGAAACUCGUUACGUCGAUUUAGAACGAACGUUUCACAGACCAUGGUAUGCGCAACAACAUGGCGGCAGAGGCAUUGAAGAGAUAAUGGAAUGGUUGGUUAAUGAUGCUCAACCGGAAACCAAUAGAUUUUACGUUCCUGCUGUGAGGGACUCCUACUUGAAGUUUAAUGGCAGUAGCUUAGACCUGGCGGCUGUAGAUAUACAGAGAGGGCGUGACCACGGACUGCUGGCCUACAAUUCCUGGAGGAAGUUCUGUUCUCUACCAAUCGCAGACAAGUUCGAAAAUCUGCUGGACCACGAGCCUGAAAUGAUACAGAAACUCAGGGACAUAUACAAAUCACCAGUUGACAUAGAUCUUCUGACCGGGGCGUUAACAGAGCGGAAGAAAGCUGGAACAGAGGUCGGGCCUACCUUUGCAUGCAUCAUUGGUCUACAGUUUAGCGAACUUAAAAAGGGAGACCGAUUCUGGUUUGAAAAUCCGGAUCCAAGAACAGGAUUCACGAUCAAACAACUGAGUGCAAUUCGUCGAAUGUCCUUGGCUAAAAUAAUAUGUAGUAAUUUGAACAUCGAAAGAAUUCAACAGCGAGUGAUGUUUCUUCCAUCGGAAGAAUUCCAUCCCCGAGUUGAUUGCAGUGAGAUUCCAGACCUAGACUUCAGUGCUUGGCAAGAGGAUCCCUCUGUCGCAACGAGCUGUUAAAAGAGUUCAUCAGAGUUCUGUUAUUCGAGUCUGAGAAAGCCAUCAACAGAAUAUCAUACUAAAUGUAUUACUAAUGAAUCGACAAAAUCAUUCCAGGGUCACAGUAGACGCUUCUUGAAACUUAUAAGUUACUGAGUUUGACGUCACAGUGCACGCUUUGAACUGUAAAUUACAGAAUUUGACGUCACAGUGCACGCUUUGAACUAUAAAGUACAGAAUUUGACGUCACAGUGCACGCUUUGAACUAUGAAUUACAGAAUUUGACGUUAAAUUAUUGAGUUUGAUGUCAAAGUGCACGAUUUGAACCUAUAAAUUACUGAGAUUGACGUAACAGUGGAUGCUAUGAACUAUAAAUUACUGAAUUUGACGUUACAGUGCACGCUAUGAACUACAAGUACUGAGUUUGACGUCACAACAGACGCUUUAAACCUAUACCUUACUGAGUAUUACGGUAGUCAGUUCGUUAUUUGAUUAGGUGAACUGCAGCAGGCCGAGUGUGAAAUUAACUAAUAUGUUUGAAAGCACCUUUUUUCCCAAGUAAACACACAAUGGACCGUAGCAUUGUUGACCGAAUGAAAUGACACGUCGGUUAUUGUGACGUAUUUUGAUAGCCUUCAAAUUCAGCAAAGCUAUCAUUGUCAUCCUGAAUUCUAUUGUGUAUGUGGAUAUCAUCAAAGAAUUGAACAUAGCAAACAUGGCCAUCAACAAUCAAAAGUUGCUUCAUGUAAAUAUCUCAGCAUAAGUAAAGAUUAUCUAAAACAUUGUAUUCUUCCUAACGUUAUGAAAGCUUAUGAAAACCAGAAAAUGCACGUACGCCAUAUUCAGUCGUGUUCAAAGGCUGCGGAUACAAUGUAGAGCACCUCAUAAUGCUUAUAUUUCUCAAACAGAAUUAAGGUGAAACCUAAGAUAUGCAUAAGAAGCAGUUAGAAUAUUAGUAUUUUCAUGACUGUUUUCUUCAUCUUUUUUGUAGAAAUUGUAUAUAAGUAGAUGCUUUCUUUUUAUGUUAUUGUUUAAUUAGUUAAUGUAUGUUUUGUAUUUUUAUACUACGUAAUAAAUAUAAGUCAACC